AUGCACCACCCGACUGGGAUCCCUGGGCCAUUAGGAAAACUUUGCAGCUUAGCACCGCGCCCAUGUCGUGCGGCUCGGGGAAGCCGUUCACAGGAGGUCCACUCCUGUAUCCGAGAUAUCCUUGCCAGUGCCAAUUCUGUAAAACACCAGAACGGUAGUUAUUGGAGUUGGCAGGAAAGUGUGGAUGUGAGUGCGGCAGGGAAGAAUUUACCCCCGCAGGUGGUUAUAGGGGAUUCGAGGUUUUAUCAGGACAGGGAAUGGGAGGUAUAUAUGAGGCAUAUGAUUACAUUACUUGCGGGAGUUCCUACAUCGGACAAGGAGGAGAAAUCCCAGAUGUAUCACGAGAAGGUACCGGAAGCGGAGGAUAGUGAUGACGAGGAAUCCGCAGAGGAUCAUGACACUCAGAAGUGCGAUGACGAGGGCCAAGACAAAGGGAAAGCACAAUGA